UGCUCGGAGGUGGGCAGGGGGUGGAACCAAGUGACAGUGCUCGGAGGUGGGCAGGGGGUGGAACCAAGUGACAGUGCUCGGAGGUGGGUAGGGGGGUGGAACCAAGUGACAGUGCUCGGAGGUGGGCAGGGGGUGGAACCAAGUGACAAGUGCUCGGAGGUGGGCAGGGGGUGGAACCAAUGUUCGGAGGUGGGCAGGGGGUGGAACCAAGUGACAGUGCUCGGAGGUGGGCAGGGGGUGGAACCAAGGGGUGGUGACAGUGUUCGGAGGUGGGUAGGGGGUGGAACCAAGUGACAGUGUUCGGAGGUGGGUAGGGGGUGGAACCAAGUGACAGUGCACGGAGGUGGGUAGGUGGCG